AUGAUGUCAGGGUCUAGACAUGUAAUUUAUUUUCGUGAUUUUUAUUAAAAUAUUUCUGAUUAAAAGUUGAUGAUUGAUAAGAAUGAUAUAGAAUUUAGUCUUAAUAAUAAAUUAUUAAUAUCUUGGAAUCAUAUUAAUCUUGGGAUUACAAGAUUAAUUAAUAUUUAUAAAAUACAUAGUCAAACCUUAAAUUAAGGUUCUGAAGAUGAUUUAAACAUUUCAAUUAUUAAUAGUGAUUUAAAAAGUAAAAUUGUUUAAUAAGUUAAAGAUUAAUCUACUUAUUAUUAAUUAAUGUUUUAAAUAUUUUUUAUGUCAAAAUAAACAUUCACUUAAAAUUUGUCAAACUUUUUAUAAAAUUCUACUGAUCCUUAUACUACUUAAAUUAGUAGAUCUUUAGUUUAUUAUAAUUAUUUUGAUGUAAGUUAAUUAGUUUAAGCAAAGUUAGAAUCUUGCAAAAGUUAUAAUUAUUAUAUUAAUGAAUAUAUUGAUAGGAUAACAUCAUAUUUCUUUAUAGGUUUGUACUUAACAAUUUCAUUAAUUGCUAUUAUUUAAUUUAUUUUUUAUUUUUAAAUAAAAAGAUAAAUUAGUUUUUAUUUAAAAUUGUUUAUUUAAAUAGAUGGUUAAGAUUCAAAUAAAUGUAUAUAAAAAUUUGAUAAUAUUUAUAAAAUCUUAAAUAAUUAAUCAAUUGUUUUAAGUAAGAAAAAUUAUGAGAAAAUUAUAGCUCAACCAUCUGUUUAAUAUGAUAAUCUUAGAACUUUAAAUUGUAAUAAUUAAUUAAAUUUUAUUCAACCUUAAAAGUCUAAAGAAAAGUAAAUUAGAAUUGAUAAUCAUAUUUCUUAUUUUUAUCAUAUAUUUGCUCUAGUUUUAAUAUUCUUAAUACCUAUUGUAUAUGCAUUAGCUUACUAAUUAUAUUAUAACUUGAUUUCAGUUAAUGUUACUCCAAUAAAUGAUUAAGCUAUUUAAGCAUAAUAAAUGAGAUUAAAAUUUAUAACAACUAUCAAUAGAUAUGAUUAAUUUUUAAUCAAAUCUUAUUUUGAAUCUUAUUGUAAAUUAUCAUAAUUAAAUUCUUCAUUUAAAUGUUUUGCCAAUAAUAUUUAUUCAGACAAUCAAAUUUUAUAAUAAUUAGAUAUGAAUGAAACAAUAAUUUAAGAAGAAUUAACUACUUUUUAAUAAUUAGAUUUUUCUAAUUUUUUCUUUAAUUCAAUAAAUUCAAAUUAAUUUAAUUCAUAAGAAAAAUAAUCUAUUUUGUCUAAAGAUACAUGUUUAUUAACAAAUUGUGAUAUGAAGAAAGAUUUAUUUUAAGAAAGAUUAUUUUAAGAAAAUCUAAAUUCUUAUUUCUUUUAAGGAAUAAUUAAACUUCAUCAAAUUGUUUCCUCACUCUAUAUUUAAUUUGAUUUAAUAUACAAAGGUCUUAAUACAACUGAAGCAAAACUACUUGCAAUUGAAAAUAUUAUGCAAGAUAAUGAUUAUUUAAUAUAUAUCCUCUGGGGAUUGGAUGCCAUUUAAUAUCAAAUUGCAUAAUUUUCUCAAUAUUUUGUUAAUACUUCAUUGACAAUAUUGGAGGAUGCUAUAACAAUUAUUUAGCGCAUAAUACUUUUAACUGGUAUUUUAUGUACUUUGACACUUUUACUAAUAUAAUUUUCUAUUAUACGGAAACAAAUAAAAAAUUAGAGGUUUUCAUCAAACCUAAUCAGACUUAUUCCUAUUUCAGUAAUAUUUAAUAAAAAGAUUCAUUAAGAAUUAUCAAAUUAUUAAAAAAAAAAAAAAUAUAAUUGA